AUGACGUCCAACGUUAACCUAACGGAGCCACCUGAGCUGAUCAAGAAAGGUCUGGUGAUAUGCCGGGAGACCCACACCUAUCACACCUUCGGCAUUUUCUACGGCCAAAAUCCCCUGGAUUUCUCGUUUCCCCUUUUCCUCCUACAGAUUUCCACUCUCCUUCUCAUUACUCGCCUCGUCCGUUUCCUCCUCAAGCCCCUCCGCCAGCCCAAUGUCGUCUCCGAGAUCCUGGGCGGCAUCAUCUUAGGGCCUUCCGUGUUGAGCCGCAACGACAAGCUACACGCCUAUAUCUUCCCGCCUGAAUACAACUAUGUGAUCAAGAAUGUGGGCUUGCUGGGUCUAAUCUAUUUCGUCUUCGUCUCCUCCGUCAAAAUGGACGUCAUGGAAUUCAAAAGAUCAGACCGAAAAAAUUGGUACAUUGCCGUCUUCGGGAUGUUUGUCCCCCUUUUUUGCAGUGUCACUGUGGGCAUGCUCCAAAAGAAUUCCUUACAUGCAGGCCUUGGAACCUUCUCCGCAAUUUGGGGUAUCAGCAUGAACCUGUCCAUCGCCGCUUUCCCCGUCGUCUACCCCAUCGUCAAGGAGCUCAAUCUUCUCAGCUCCGGCAUUGGCCGCAUGGCCCUUACAACCACCAUGAUCUCCGACUUCGUCGGCUUCCAUGUGCUCAUCGUCUUUGAGAUGCUCGUUCAGGGCCAACGCAAGCCCAUUUUCUCCCUUUGGUUCUUCCUCUCCUUCAUCGGUGUCGCUGUGGCCUGCCUUUCUGGAGCUAAGCAAUUUAUGGACUGGAUCGUUAGAAGCACCCCAGAGGAAAAGCCGGUGGACGAGGCCUAUGUCACUGCAAUUCUCGUGGCCGUCAUAGCGGCCGCGUUUGUCACUGACACUUUCGGGAUGUCUGUGGCAAACGGACCCAUGUGGAUGGGCCUGGUUGUCCCAACAGGGCCUCCUUUGGGGACGGCUUUAGUGCAGAAGAUAGAGACCAUUGUCACAAACAUCCUAAUGCCAUUUAUCUUUAUGUACAUUGGUUUGGUUUUCGACUUUACCUCCGUCUCCGGGCAAUGGUCUCAUAUGCGCCCGCUCAUGCUCAUGUUGAUCUCCGCUUAUACCAUGAAGAUUCUCUCCACUUUCAUAGCUUCGCGCUUUAACCACAUGACCAUCAGAGACAGCCUCACGCUUACUCUUCUACUUGGGUUGAAGGGCCAAGUGGAUUUCCUCAUGCUUGUCCGUUUAAAUGAUUUGAAGAUACUUGACACCCCUCAUUUCACGGCCAUGGCGCUCUCAGCCACCACCAUGACCGCCCUGGUGACGCCGCUCAUCAGUAUCCUCUACGACCCCAGGCGGCCCUACCUGCUCGACAAGAGGAGAAACAUCCAGCAUUCUUUGCCCAAUGCUCAGCUCCAUAUUCUGGCUUGCAUCCACUCCCAAGAGAAUCUCUCCGGGCUAAUGAGGUUGAUCCAGGUCACCAACCCUACAGCAUUGACUCCUCUAUCGGUCGACGCCCUCUGCCUGGAGGACCUCAUCGGCUCCAACCCUGUCCUCAUCGACCACCAGGCAGAGGGUGAGGAAGAAACACCCGACAAAUCCAACGUCCACAGCGCCUUGAAGACGUUUCAAGACGCCAUGGGCGAUGACUGCCUCACCAUACACUCUUACACCACCAUCACCUCAAGGACGAGCAUGUACCAGGACAUCUGCCAGAUGGCGCUCGCAAACAACGCCAGCCUGGUCGUCCUUCCUUCUAGGGACAACAACCAGUCCCUCAAUAACCAGGUGUUGGUCCAUGCGCCGUGCUCGGUGGCAAUCAUCAUGGACAAAAGCCCGCACCAAACGCUCGUCCACGGCGCCCUAAGGAGCCCCAUGCAGCAACUGGCGAUGCUCUUCCUCGGAGGGGCGGAUGCAAGAGAGGCUCUGGCAUAUGCUGACCGCAUGGUCGGGAACCCAGAUGUGUCUCUGACCGUGGUGCGAUUCCUCCCGGGCAACACCAACACCAACACCAGCGAGGGCGAUAGUGAUAUGGAAAAGAAGCUGGAUGACGGGCUGGUGACACAGUUCUGGCUCAAGUGUGAAGGGAAGGAGCGGAUCUCGUAUCGGGAGGUGGUGGUGAACAACGGGGAGGAAACUAUUGCUGCUAUACAGGCCAUGGAUAAACAAGUCUACGAUUUGUGGAUUGUGGGGAGGAAGCAUGGUAUAAAUCCAGUCCUUUUGAGCGGAUUGUCAGGUUGGAGCGAGGAGAACGAGUUGGGAGUUAUCGGAGAGUAUGUCGCCUCUGCAGAUUUCAAUAGCACGGCUUCUGUUCUCGCUGUGCAACAACAGAUUUUACGAGGCCAACAAAAGGUUUCUGCUACUAGUUUCUUUAAAACCUUUCCCUUCUCUACAUGUAGGAACAACUUACAAUCUCUACAUAAUUAA